AUGCUCGAUGCAGCUUCUACCAGACCUAGGGAUUCAAGUACUUUAAUGGGACUUUCUGCCGAAAAAAAAUGUUAUCUUUUAUCAGACAAUUGGCCACUUCCACUCGAGUGCUACGUGUCCAAAAGUCGUUAUCAUCGAACUUAUACAAAUGUAUUCAGACAGAUACCCCCGAGAAAAAAAAUAGAUCAUAGUUCGCACGCAUUUUCUUGUGUAAACAUACCCAACUGGAUGUYAACAAAAACAAACAAGCAUCCAUUUAACAGUUCACAACGAAUCGGUGAUAGUUCAGAAAUGAUUGARAAUUCGCUAAAACCGGGACCGGGACACUACAAUAUCAAUGUUUAUAAACAUUGCACAGAAAAUGGACACACGAACGUAUUUAAAAGUACUACAGCGCAAAGGUUGCAAAUAAUACGCCAAAGCUAUGGCAUAUUUGAUUAA